AUGGGCGCCGCGCAGGCCUCUCUGCGGCGCCCGAAGGGGAUCGACGACACCCGGCAGGCUCCCAGACUGGAGCUGACGCUGAGCUUGCAAGGUGGCGGCGAGAAGCACGCAAGUUUCAAAGCGCAAAUAAAUACCGGCCGCGGGGUGGGGGUGGGGGGUCGGCGGUCGCGAGCAGGGAAGCCCCGCGCGGCUCGCAGGUGCCCGGGAAGGGGCGCCUCUUUGUGCGCCCCGCGGGGGCGCGCCCGCCCUCCGCGCACGGCCCCGCGCCCUGCGCGCCCCCGCGCCCUCCCCCGCCCUCGCCUCCCCCCGCCUCCGAGGCCUCCCCGCGCCGGCGCCCUUCCCGGCCGAGCGCCCGCCUUCUCCGCGCGGCGGCCCUGCGCGCCCCCGCGCCCUCGCGCGCGCCUCCGCGGCCUCCACGCGCCUCUUUUGCGGCCCCGCGGGCGGGACGGAGGACGGAGCGGGGGGGGGGGGGGGAGGGCCACCUGGGCCCUGGGCCCACCGGGGCCCGGGGUCCGCGGCUCCUCCUCCCGGGACAAAGCCCGGCCCGCCCGAGGGGCCGUGCGUCGUUCAGGGUCCUCGACACCACCCCCCCCACCUGGCGUGGAAAGCCGCGCUCUGCUGCUUCCGAGUUUCCGGAUCCGCCCGGACCCCCUGGGCCCGGAGGCGGUCGCCGCCCCCGCCUUCCCCGCAGCCCCGCCGCCCUCCCGCAGAGGGCAGUUCCGGCGCGCGAGGCCUCCCCGCCUCCAGGCCUCGGAAGGCAGCGUUCUGAGUGGGGAACAGACGGCAGGAGCCGCGCCCGGAGCUGCCAGCCCAGACGGAAGGUCCUCAGAACAAACCCCAAUCCCAGGAGAGCCGACCGGGCGUGGGCCAAGGAGGGUGACAGGGACAGGAGAAGUGGCCGGUGGGAUUCUGGAAGUCUUUCGAAGGGCUUAUGGCCGCGCCAGAUAGGAGGUAGGAGAGAGGGAAGGGAGUCCAGGAGCACUACGGUUUGGGCCUCAGCCACCGGAAGAGAGUCGUUGUCAUUAACUGGGUCGGGGAAAACGCCUUGCUAGUUGUGGGAGCCCGGUUUGAACCGGCCGGGCCGAGGCACCCGUUAGACAUCCAGGCGCAGGGUUGAGCAGACACCGGUCCGACGGGUCUGCGGUGCGGAGAUGCGCGGGCGGGACAUAAAUACGGGAGGUCACCACACAGCCCUCCUGGCGUUGACAGCCACAGUUUGCUGCGAUUAUCUAGCUCCGCGCUGUGGCCUGCGGGAGCCACCAGCCCCGUGUGGCUACUGAGCACUCGAAAUUAGUGGAGGGACGCCUGGGGGCCCAGUCCGUUAGGCCUCCGACUUCGGCUCAGGUCACCGUCUCACGGUUCAGGGGUUCGAGCCCCACGUCGGGUUCUGUGCUGACAGCUCGGAGCCUGGAGCCUGGAUUCCGUGUCUCCCUCUCUCCGCCCCUCCCGCACGCGUUCUCUGUCUCUCAAAAAUAAAUACACAUUAAAAAAAAAAAAAAAAAA